GGCUUUUUUGGCCAGACCACGACGACCCACUGCUGCCACCUCCCUUCUCUUGUCAUUCCACUGCUGCAGUGCUGCCUCGCCCUCGUCUCGCGCCGCACGCGUCGUCGGCGUCCGAGCUCCCAUCUCCCUUGUGCUCACCUGGCGAGGCGCCGGGGUUACUUGGCGACGGCCACAUCCCAGUUUACUCGGCGGCCGGAUCCAUCCCGCGAGGUCCAGAUCGACGACGCGGAGAAGAGGAAAUAAUCCACUGUUCAUCGUCAGUGCGUCAGGCCGACACUGUGUAUGUACCAAGCGAGUUGCACCACGUAUUCAGGUUGUCGAUUGGUAGACUGUCAGUGCAUUCACGUGCUUACAAUAAAUUCAACGAGCGAGGUUGAAAUGGACCAGCUACUUAGCUAGUGUUCGUGUGUGGCAGAGAGGAGAGAUCAAGGGAGAACUGAUGGCGGGUGUCUCAGCCGCUCUUCAGUGGUGGGAGGAGUCGCAGCUACGCAUCCUCGUCAUUGCUAGCCUGGUGAUUCAGUACAUCCUCCUCGUCGGUUCCGUCGCGCGUAGGUACCCCAUCAGAUCCUGGUUUAGACCCAUCAUCUGGCUGGCAUACCUUGGCAGUGAUGCCAUUGCAAUCUAUGGGCUCGCCACCCUCUUCAACCGCCAUAGGAAGCCACAAAACGAUGGAGAUGAAGGAAUCCUGGAGCUGUUGUGGGCGCCUAUCCUCCUGAUACACCUCGGUGGACAGGACGGCAUAACCGCCUACAACAUCGAGGACAACGAGCUAUGGACGCGGCACAUCCUCACCUCAGUGUCUCAGGUCACCGUGGCUGUCUACGUCUUCUGGAAAUCAUGGCAAGGCCGCUUCCCCAAAAUUCUGCUGGCUGCUGCACAAGCGCUCUUCAUUCCCGGUAUACUCAAAUGCAUCGAGAAGCCCUUGGCUCUCAACCGAGCUAGCAUUAACAGCCUGGUGAGCUUGGGUGAGCCUAUUCGGAGGUCAAUACACACACAUAAGCUUAGGAUUGAUCCUCUUGAAGAUUUCAUUGACAAGGCAACAAGUCCUAUCGGGGCAAGUGAGUAUCUUUUAACAUCGGCCACACCGGUGGACUUUACUCCUUAUAAGCUAUUUGUGGACCUUGCAUCUCCGUCUGUUGAAGAUCGGAUUAGGGUGCUACUCUCCUUCUCAACACUUGAUGGCAACCAUGCGUAUUGUAAGCUGCAACAUUGGCUCUCCAACACCUUCCUACUCCUCUACACCAAAAAGAAGGUGUUUCCUGUGGCUUCUCUCGGACAAGUUUUUUCCUUAUUCGCUUCCCGAAAUUACUUCGAACUUAGGGCGCAGCUAGAAAAUAUUUCUUUUUAUUUUCUCCGUUUAUUAGCUUCCUACAUUCCACCCAUAGCCUUCUUCCACUACAGUAACCGAGAAGUUUAUAGUCAAGACGAUGUCAAGAUUACAUAUACCUUGCUAUACUGUACUGCUGCAUUGGAGGUUCUAGCCCCGGUCCUAACGAACAUCACAAGGGACACAGAAGAAUUCUGUCAAAGGUCAUCAGAUAUGGUGUCAACAGAAGUGAAGCCUCGAUAUCAUGAUAUGGUUUCCCAAUACAACAUUGUAGGACUCCUUGUCCGCAACAGGAAACAUUCCAAGAUGAUGAGGGUCGUCGGAGUUUUGGGAUGCGCCGACUUCCUUCAGCAACACUGGCACAUGAAGUCUUGCUCCUCAUCCUUCAGCAUUACAAAGUUAGUGCUCCAGUAUGUGAAAGAUGGGUGGAAGCACCACAUCAAAGAUGUUUCCAGUUACAGGAAGUUCAAUGACAACAGGGGCCAGUUUACUCUUGGGCAUGAAGGGUGUUACGAGGACUUGGGAUGGAGCUUGGACGGUGCAUUCGACGAGAGUGUGCUUCUUUGGCAUCUCGCCACGGAUUUCUGCUACUACGACACGGUUGUGUCUCGUUCUCACCACGGACUGCUGUGCACGCAAGAUUCAUGUCCUCAUGCUUAUGCAUGCCCUGCUUGGUGCAAAAGAUCCGGUCAUCACAAGAGGGCCAUCCAGUGCAGAGAAAUGUCCAACUACAUGAUGUAUCUACUGUUUUUGAAUCCUGAAAUGCUAAUGGCAGGAACCAGAAGAAACCUUUGCACGACCGCCUACGAUGAAUUGAAGGACAUUGUCGAGGAAAGAGAGAAAAUAGAUGGCACCAGCGUCGAAGGAGACGAGGAAAUAAGGCUUACACAGAUGAUAUAUGCUACAGUUGAUGGUGGGGGAUCUCCACCUCCGGGUUGUACCCAGCAGCAACAGGGAGGAAUUGUCCGUGAUGCUUGGAGCAUUGCCAGAGUGUUGUCCAAUCUGCCUGAAGAGAAGAUGUGGGAUGUGAUCGAAGGCGUUUGGGUGGAGAUGUUGUGCUUCUCUGCCGCUAGAUGCAGAGGAUACCUGCACGCCAAGGGUCUGGGCACAGGUGUGGAGUACCUCACCUAUGUCUGGCUCCUAUUGUACUACAUGGGGAUGGAGACUUUGGCAGCCAAACUGCAGAGGGCGGAUCAUCAUUAUCACCACAACGGAGGAGAGCAUGGGGAUGGCCCUUCAAGUUCUCAUGUCAGCACUGCCCAAGAGGAAGCAGCUGGUCCAUCAAGAUCAAAUGGUGGCGCCGAAGGUCAAUCUGCCGGUUACCAUGACAGUGAUGACAUAGUGGAAGAAAUGGUUUGAUUCACUAUGAUAUUUCUGGAAGCCAAUCCGACUCUGCUUUGCAUUGCUCUCUUUGCUUUUGUAUGUGUGCUAAUACUGUUUUUUGUUGAUUAAUGGCACUAUGCGUGUUUUGUCGGUGUCGUUUCUGCUAUGUAAUCCCUUUCUGUUGUUGAAUUCAAAUAAAGAGUGCGCAACGUCUGCUGUAACAUUGAGGCAGAGUUUUCAGUUCUGUA